AUAGCCCCAAGGCGGCCCUCUGAUACCAUCCGUGGCCAUUUUGGCUCAAGCAGUUUCGCUGGAACCACCUUUUGCGUAAGGGAGGUCUCCACGUCGACACUGUGUGGCUGCCAGCUGUCCAGCACCCCACCAUCAUGUUCAGCCCGUGCGCGAUGUUUCGAGAUGGUGAGGCGGCUCUCGCCGAGCAAGGGAAGUGCAAGGCGGUGUGCCCCGAGUCGGGCGGGCUCAGCUCGGCCCCCACGCGAUGCCCCACGGCAGAGCUGUGCGCCUUUGGCGACGACCAGGAUGCCGACGCGUUCGAGGAGAUUUUGGGCGCCACCGCCUCGCCGAAGGACGGCGAGGAGCCCGCGCUCCGCGAGGCGGUGCUCCGCGAGACGGCGGCACUCGGAGACGGGCACCCUGGGAGGCGGUCUGCGAUGCUGGCGCCGAAGGAGGCUCUUGCGCGAGCCGCAGCGCCACCGAGGGGUGCCCCCAGGCGCCUUCGGUCCGUGGCGUACUGGGAGCAGAAGGCCGCCGCUGCCCGGCAGACAGUGAGCUCGCCCUGGGAGCUUGGCGUGAGGCACCGCCGCCCGCGCCACGAGGAGGACCGCCUCGGUUUGGGGCCGGCUCCGAAGGCUCCGGCAGGAGGCGCUGGAAACGAAGGUGCCGCUGACAGCCCCAGCAGCUGGGCGGGCGCUGUCUCCAGGGAGCUGCGCCGUGGGGCGCGCUGGCAGUCCGCGCCGCCAGCCCCGCCGCCACGGUCGCCCUCGGCAGCACUCGGGGCCGCUCUGAGGUCGCGUGGUCGGUCGUACUACCCGGCUGGGAGCCGCUAGGUGAGCAUGAAGAAUAUUGGGGGUGGACAGAACCCCCACCCUGACACGUCGAUUAGUGAAUUGUCCGUUGUCGGUUCUCGAAAACCCGCAUAAUGAGGAUGAGCGACUUUCUCAAUGUUGCCCUGGGGUCAUUGCCCCGUGGGCCCAUCCCUGGCCGCUUUCGGUGGCCACUCUCGCUCGAAGCACGUUCACGUGGCACUCCAAGGCCCUUGCAUCGAAGAAGAAACAUCGCCAUGAACAGAAACUUUGGAUCCGCGCUGGGAUCCCUCGCAGGCGCCUCUGGCGCCCUCAAUUUUUUAACUACAUUAUCGCUGGCGAGCUCAGCCAGAGCCACUCGCCCGAGAGGCAUGCUACGUCAGUUUCACGGUCCCGCGCCCGUGCCUGGCAGGCGCUGAGCGCUUCUUUCCUUUCCCUGGGGUCUCGGAUGCUCGUGCAGGCACUUGCUGUCAGUCACGGAUGACGUCUUUUCGCAGCAGCCAGAGUUUCCAGCCCCUCGCGGGAGGGGUGGGGAGGAUGGCAGCGGCAGCCCCCCAGGGUCGCCAGCGAAUCACUACGGUCAACUUGCUGACUGCAAAAGAUGCUCGCGCACGGCGCCAAUGUGUCUCCAUUGUUGUAUUUUCUAAUUUGUUUAUUUCCAACCAUCUUGUGGUGUUGGGUUCUCGUUUUGGAGAGACAGUCCUCGCGAUGUACUCACGGUUGCAUUUGAUUGGGCCAUUUGCCAGGGAAGUUUUUAUAACGUUUGCCCCAAGCGCGGCGAAGGGUUCGCGCCCGCCGUCUGCCGCUUCGCGGGAAGCUCUUGUAGCGUCUGUUGCCUCAACAUGUUCCACCCGCGCCAGUGCCUCGCCACUGAAACGUGGCGACGACGCGUCGCGCACUUUCCUCUGCAUGCGGGGGCGCUUUGAGGCGGGCCGUCGGCCAGAUUAUUACGAGGUGGGUUGCGGGCAGCGCAGGGAGG